AUGGCUCCCGGAAUCAACGAAACACCCAUCCCCAUCCACCCGCACCCCGACGCGGAAAGACAAUACCCCAAACCCCUCAAGGUCAGCGGCGCCUUGGACAAGUACGAGUAUGAAGAAACCACCCCAGUGAUCGGACGCGAGUAUCCGACCGUCAACAUCGUUGAUGACCUGUUGAAUGCCCCGAACGCAGACGAAUUGGUCCGCGACCUGGCCAUCACCAUCUCCCAACGCGGCGUCGUCUUCUUCCGCGCCCAGGAUAACCUCACCGACGCCCUCCAAAAACACCUCGUCCAGCGCCUCGGCGAACUCAGCGGCAAACCCGCAACCUCCACCCUACACAUCCACCCGGUCCUCAACAACACAAACGAAUUCGGCGUUGGAGACGCCGAGAUCAGCACGAUCAGCUCGCUCGCCCGCAAGAAGCUCUUCGGACCCAGCCACGCCCUCAACCGCCGCAAAUACGACUCCGCCCAGUGGCACUCGGACAUCCAAUUCGAAGGCGCCCCGGCCGACUACACCUCCCUCCGGCUGACCCAACUGCCCCGCACCGGCGGCGACACCCUCUGGGCCUCCGGGUACGAGAUCUACGACCGGUUAUCGCCCAAAUACCGCGAGUUUCUCGAAGGGCUGACGGCGACGUUCUCCGGGGAUGGGUUCCUCAAGGCGGCGGAGCGGAACCCGGAGGAGGUGCGGAUCUAUACGGAUGCCCGGGGCAGUCCGUUGAAUGUGGGCGCGGAGCUGACGGCCGUGCAUCCGGUGGUCCGGACGAAUCCGGUGACCGGGUGGAAGAGUGUCUUUGCGAUUGGGCCGUUUCCCAAGGUGAUUAAUGAGUUGACGGUGGAGGAGUCGGAGGAGGUGUUGGACAAGUUUAAGCGGGUCGUGGCCGAGAAUCAUGAUUUGCAGGUGCGGUUGAAGUGGAGGAAUGCGAAUGAUAUUGCUAUCUGGGAUAAUCGGAGUGUGUUCCAUACGGCGACGUUUGAUUAUGAGGGGCUUGGGGAGCGGUUCGGGCAUCGUGCGGUGGGUAUUGGCGAGGCGCCGUACUUGGAUCCGAAGAGUCGGUCGAGGACGGAGGCGUUGGCGGCGGAGGCGGCUUGA